AUGACGGAAGAACUCUCCAAGGAAGAGCUGAAGAGGCUGCAGAAGAAGUUCCAGGAGUUCGAAAAGGCCCCAAAAUACAACCUCAACUCAGAGGAGGUGUUCUGUAUUUGUAGAAAACCGGAUGAUGAGGGUCAACUCAUGGUGGCAUGUGAUGGAUGCGACGAAUGGUUCCAUUUCCGAUGCAUGAAACUGGACCCAAAGUAUGAGAAACUGGUGGCAAACUUCUAUUGUGUGUUUUGCGAUCGUUUGUUUAACAAGGGCAAGACUUUGUGGAAGAGAAAGUGCAAAUUGGAGGGAUGCUUCAAUCCAAUUGAGUUGAGUGAGGAGAAGAAAAGUAAGUAUUGUAGUGAGGAACACGGUUUAAUGUACAUGAAACAAGCAUUGCUGGACAAGGUUUUGAAGCAAGAAGAUUUGAAUGGUCAGCGGUUACUGAAAUUGAAAGAGGUCUCCUCAAUUCUUCGUGAGGUUGAUGACUGCAAGGCGCUGGCAAAACUGGGCGAAGAACUUCCUAUCUACUCCGAUUUCUAUCCAGAUGCUAAAUUGAGCCCACAUCUGACUGAAAAAGUAGCUGCUUGGGAUAAGCAGAUACAACAAGUGACGACUGAGUUAGAACGUUUGGAUAGCAGGCUUCGUCUUGUCCUAGCUUUAAAGGAGUUUUUGAAACUACUGAAUGAAAACAUCAACAUAAUUACAAUUCCUGAUUAUAUACCAGGUCCAAGGACAAAGUCAAGCAAGUCGAAGUCAAAAAAUUCCAAAAAGUCUGAUAUUUGUGGAUUCAACAGAGUAAUUCUGGAUCUUGACAGAGCUACAGACAUGGAUCAAUUUAAAGCAAAGAUAUCACCAUAUUUGGGCAAGAAUGCUAUAGACCCAGAGGAUUUUAAAAAGUUGUACCGAGAAAUAUAUCCAGAUGAUGAUGACAUGGUGGACUCUGUUGGUCCGGAAAACUGGCUGGCAAGGUUUUGCUUGAAGGAUAAGAGGAAAUGCAAUAAACACCAUAGUUGGCUCAAUAUCCUAGCUGAUGACUACUACCUACAAACACAGCUAUUAGAGGAAAAAAAGAAGAGGUUGCAAGAUGAGAGGCAAACAUUAAUGACAGACUAUAAUAUUGAACGGUGGAGCAAUCUUGAAGCAAAAGUUGCGUCAAAUUAA